GUGAAGGAGGCCCUCAGACCAGCACCAUGACAGAGUGCUUCGACUGUGACAACUGCAAGGAGUCCUUGUAUGGGCGCAAGUACAUCCAGAUGGACAACGGCCCGUACUGCAUCCCCUGCUAUGACGCUCACUUCGCCAACACCUGUGACGAGUGCAAGGAGCUGAUCGGCCACGACUGCAGGGAGCUGUACUAUGAGGACCGACACUACCACGAGCACUGCUUCCGUUGCUUCCGCUGCGACCGCUCUCUGGCUGACGAGCCUUUCACCUGCCAGGGCGAGGAGCUGCUGUGCAACGACUGCUACUGCAGCGAGUUCUCCUCCAAAUGCGUUGCCUGCGAGAAGACUGUCAUGCCAGGCUCCCGUAAGCUGGAAUACAACGGACAGACCUGGCACGAGCAUUGCUUCAUAUGCAGCAGCUGCCAGCAGCCCAUUGGGUCACGGUCCUUCAUCCCAGACAAGAAGGAUUAUUACUGUGUCCCCUGCUAUGAGAGCAAGUUUGCUCCUCGCUGCACUCGCUGCAAAAAGACCCUGACUAAGGGAGGAGUGACCUACCGGGAUGAGCCCUGGCACAAGGAGUGCUUUGUCUGCACGGGCUGCAAGACCCCCUUGGCUGGGCAGCAGUUCACCUCCCAGGACGACAACCCUUACUGCAUCAAGUGCUUUGGGAACCUCUAUGCCAAGAAGUGCAGUGCCUGCACAAAACCCAUCACAGGCUUCGGGGGCGGCAAAUACGUCUCCUUCGAGGACCGUCACUGGCACCACGACUGCUUCAACUGUGCCCGCUGCAGCACCUCCCUGGUGGGGAAAGGCUUCAUCCCCGACAACGACCAGAUCCUGUGCCGCGACUGCAGCAGCGACCUAUGAGCCUCCGAGGGCACCACGGGCAGGGCCUUCCUCUGUUCUUCAGGGCCUUCGUGCCAGCUCCUCCAGCAGCGUUUCAGGGGCAGGGCACAAGGCACGGGGGAUGGGGGCUGACCCCGAACUGUGGUGUGUUCAGGGGGCUGCUGUGCCCCUCCCUGAGGGCUAGAGUAUGAUGUGCUAUGGCUCUGUGCAGAGUCAAAGCUGAAUAAAGUUGAAAAAGGAGCUUCAAGA